AUGCACAAAUCAAUCUAUCUAUCUAUCUAUCUAUCUAUCUAUCUAUCUCAUUCGGUUCAUAUCUAUCUAUCUGUUCAUAUCCAUCUAGCUUUAUAUCUGUUCAUAUUAAUCUAUUUCAGUUUGUUCAUAUCUAUCUAUCUAUCUAUCUAUCUAUCUAUCUAUCUAUCUAAUUUUGUACAUGAUCUAUCUAUCUAUCUAUCUAUCUAUCUAUCUAUCUAUCUAUCUAUCUCAUUCGGUUCAUAUCUAUCUAUCUGUUCAUAUCCAUCUAGCUUUAUAUCUGUUCAUAGUAAUCUAUUUCAGUUUGUUCAUAUCUAUCUAUCUAUCUAUCUAUCUAUCUAUCUAAUUUUGUACAUUAUCUCAACGCUAUCUAUCUAUCUAUCUAUCUAUCUAUCUAUCUAUCUAUCUAUCUAUCUAAUUCAGUCUGUUCAUAUCUAUCUAUCUAUCUAUCUAUCUAUCUAUCUAUCUAUCUAUCUAUCUAUCUAUCUCAGUCUGUUCAUAUCUAUUUCAUCUGUUUAUAUCUAUCUAUCUAUCUAUCUAUCUAUCUAUCUAUCUAUCUAUCUAUCUAUCUAUCUUCUGUUCAUAUCUAUCUAUCUAUCUAUCUAUCUAUCUAUCUAUCUAUAUAUAUAUAUAUAUAUUGUACGGUAUGCAACACUAUCUAUCUCAGUUCGGGUUCUAUCUAUCUAUCUAUCUAUCUAUCUAUCUACUGUAAACUAG